GAUGCCGCCUGCACCCGCCUCGGAGCACGGUGGUUCUAGACGCUGAUCACCUUCGGGCUCCCGAGCCUCCUCCUUCUCCUCCGGCUCGUCGGCUGCGGCGAGCCAUGCGCCCCCAGGACCACGCUGCCCCCUGCCCGCAGCGGCUCCUCGGCCUCCUGCUGCUCCUGUUGCUGCAGCUGCGGGCGCAGUCGAGUGCCUCCGAGACCCCCAAGGGGAAGCAAAAGGCGCUGCUCAGACCGAGGGAGGUGGUGGACCUGUAUAAUGGAAUGUGUUUACAAGGGCCAGCAGGAGUGCCUGGCCGAGAUGGGAACCCUGGGGCCAAUGGUGUUCCUGGGACCCCUGGGAUCCCAGGUCGUGAUGGAUUCAAAGGAGAAAAGGGAGAAUGCCUGAGGGAGAGUUUUGAGGAAUCCUGGACACCUAACUACAAGCAGUGUUCGUGGAACUCACUGAAUUAUGGAAUAGAUCUUGGGAAAAUUGCGGAGUGUACGUUUACAAAGAUGCGCUCGAACAGUGCUCUGAGAGUUCUGUUCAGUGGCUCACUUCGAUUAAAAUGCAGAAAUGCCUGCUGUCAGCGUUGGUAUUUCACGUUCAACGGAGCUGAAUGUUCAGGACCUCUUCCCAUUGAAGCCAUAAUUUAUUUGGAUCAAGGAAGCCCUGAACUGAAUUCAACAAUUAAUAUCCAUCGUACUUCUUCUGUGGAAGGACUUUGUGAAGGAAUUGGUGCCGGAUUAGUCGAUGUUGCUAUCUGGGUUGGGACCUGUUCAGAUUAUCCCAAAGGAGAUGCUUCUACUGGAUGGAAUUCCGUGUCUCGCAUCAUUAUUGAAGAACUACCAAAAUAAGUUCUUUAAUUUUUUUCCCUGCCUUCUUUUCAUUAUAAUUUUAAAUGGUUCAUUCUAAUAUUUUAUACAAUUUUAUAUAUCCUUCUGAAUGAAGAACAAAGAUAAACAUGUUUACAGACCAAAGUGUUUUUUUCACACUGUUUUUAAAUCCAGUAUUAUUCAUUUACUUCAAUCAAAAAGGGUUUCAGGAUUUUGUAGUUUAUUAGAAUGCUUUCUUCAUACUCGCUUUCUCUGAACUUGUAAUUUGGAAUGUCAUUGUGGUCUUUACUUUUUUCCUUUCCUCAGAAAGGAUGAACUUUUUAAGAUAUAGAAGUACCAGUCUUUGUACAGGUUGUAAAUGUUCAGAAUUAUUUUAUAUCUGUGAAAUAAAACUUAUUUCAAAAUAACUUUAAUAUCUUUAA